AUGACGGAUAGUAAGGGAAGACUUAUGCAAGGCGAGCAAACUGACGAAUUCCUUUCUGGAAUUGAUACCUUUUUCUUUGACUGUGAUGGAGUUAUUUGGCUUGGUAAUGAGGCUAUAGCAGGAGCAGUUGAAACAGUCAACAAAUUAAGAGCUAAGGGAAAAAGAAUAUUUUUUGUAUCCAAUAAUAGCUCCAAAUCAGUUGCUAGUUACAUGAAGAAAUUUCAACGAUUUGGAAUUGAAGCAUAUCCUGAUGAAAUUUAUGGAACGGCCAAGGUCACAGCAUGGUAUAUAAAGAAUAAAUUAAACUUUACCGGAAAGGUAUACCUUCUAGGCUCGGAAUCGAUGGCGGAAGAAUUUGACGCUUUAGAUAUCUCUCAUACUGGCACUGGGAUUGGAGCUGUUGUUCAAGGACUAGAUAUACAUGUUAACUACAUGAAAAUGAUUAAAGCCACCAGUUACUUGGCAAAAGAAUCUUGUCUUUUAAUAGUCACCAAUGAAGAUGAUCGAUUACCAGUUAGAGGGUCUAACAUAGUUAUUCCUGGUACCGGCAGUAUCGGUGCUAUCUUGAGAGUAGCUUCCAGGCGCCAAGAUCGUAUUCUAAUUGGAAAGCCGAACCGAAAUAUUUAUGAUUGUAUCUUGUCUAAGCAUUCUAUUAAUCCAGAAUCGUCUUGUAUGAUUGGCGACAGGAUCGAUACUGAUAUAGCCUUUGGAAUAAAGUGUGGUUUCAAAACUAUUCUAGUAUAUUCCGGUGUUUCUACGGCAGAUGAAGUUGAAGCAUUAAGAAAAAAAUCGCCGGAAAUGCUACCUGAUUAUUGUUUGCCUACUCUUGCUGAUCUAAUGAGGAUUCCUUAA